AUGGUUAUCGAUAGUAUAUUGACCAAGCCGCCAUUGAUCCCUAAAACAAAUUAUGUGGGUCAAUCCCUAUAUAAAACUAGGUCCCCAAAACAUGAACGUUCAAUCGAUCUAUCUUUCAGGUUUCCAUUUAUUACUGGACCGCCAAAUGCUGGCCGAUUUCGAGAAGAAACAAAUGGUCUAAAUUUCCCAUGUGGAAGACAUGUUUCAUUCAAAGAAGAAGAUAUAGUAAAUAUUCAUCGAUCACCUAAUAUUCUUCACAAUAAUAUAUCACCUGGGUCAUAUUCUUAUUGGACCACUGAACAGAGUGCUACGGAGACUAGCAAAUUUUUCAGUAAUAUAACACCGGUCACUACUCGUUCUACAGUCGAAAUUGAAAGGGUAAAGGCAAUUGAUAUUUCAAAUAGUCUCGAAGAAAACAAAAAAAAAGUUACAAAACCUAAGAAAUCAAAAGAAGAGUACAUUAAUAAUCUUGAUGAGCUUAUUUCAAGCGUCGUAAACGGUCUCUUGGAAUUACAAAAUGAAGACAAAGUCAAUGGAUUCGAGGAAAAUUCGGGAAUUACACCAUCCAAACCACCGUUUAUUUGGGACAAAAAGAUUACUAUUCAAAGUGCCCUCCAUGGGGCUUGUAUCUUUGUUACAAAAAGUUCGAAUAUUCCAUUAAUAGAACAGAUAAGAAUGCAGUGUCUCCAUUAUUUCAAGAAUUAUCGAGCUCCAUUAGACAGACUACAUGAUAACAAAGAAAUCGACUUUUCUAUUUGGAGUGCAUUAAACGCCGGAUUUAAGGAAACAACUGAUAAUAUUCAAGAGCAGAGAACAUCCUCUAACACUUCUUCAAACGCAACACAAGAUAAUGAAGCGAUUCCUUUUAAAAAUGAUGACCAAAGUCAACCUAACUCGCCUCUACAGUCAACAUCUCUCGUAACGAAAAUGCUUACGCAAUUUGACAUACCUCAUUUGACAAUCAAAGGAUCCUACGAAGUACCUCUAAAUGGUGUUCACUCAGAAACAACUCCUUUUAUAAAUUUUAAAGAUGGUAAAUUCAGACCUAAGGAAGAACUAUCUCAAAUAUACAAGACAUAUGGAAGAAAAUACUUUUCUACGAGGCAAGUUUAUGCACUGGUAGAUUACAUUAAAUACACCUUGAAACCAUUUAACCAAAUCGAGAAUAAUGAAAAAUUUGAAGAGUCGACAAAAGAAGAGAAUAAAAUGACCAUAUUUGUCAAAUUUUUACUUUGGUAUAAAGAAAUGAGAUCUAGACCUUCUUCAGAGCAUUAUGAUACAAGAGGUAUAUCUAGCCCUCCAGAUAGAAACCUGUUUCUCUGUGCCACAAAAAAUGGGAAACUCGAGAUAUUUUCAUCAACAAAAAAUUCUAAAAUGCUUUUUACCAGAGGUGAUAUUGUGAUUGUUCAAGGAGACAAAGGGAAAGAUAUGGCAGUUAUAGUUGAACCUAUCCUAAGAAAUAACUUAGCUCUUCUAUUCCAAUUCUUAAAGAAAAAGAUACAAAUCGAUGCGUCUUCCUCAACAGAUCAAAUACAUGAUAAUUCGAUUUUCAUAGAAGAUUUUAUGAAUACCAUCAACAACACUCAUGACGAUGAACUGAUCGAUACAUCUAGAUAUGGUCUGAUCGAUAUGACCAGAAACAGCUAUUUUACUAAAAAAAUCAUCAGAUUUUCCACUAGGACAGAGGUAACAAACGAGCUUCAUCUAAAGUAUCAGAAUGAACUAAAGAUUUUACAUGUAAUAAGGACAAAAAUCGAUUCGUAUAAUAACUCUCUACAAAACCAAUCUAGUGAGGAACUACAGGUUAAAAUCUUAAAUGCAGAAUUUCAAUUUGAUAUGUCGAAGGUGUAUGUCUAUUACAUUGGAGACCACAACGCAGAUUUUACUGGGAUAGUAUCUGAUUUAUUCAGGUUCUACAAAACUAGAGUUUGGUUUAAUCCAGUACCAAAUAAUCUUAAUGUUGAUGAGAGCUACUUUAAAGGGGCUUGUAAUGAACUAAGUAUGCUACAAAAUAUGAUCGAAGUAAAUAACUUACCCUAUAUCCAUUACAAUAACAACACUUCAUCAUUUGCUGAAAAUGACAUUUCUAAGAUUAGUGAUUUUAAUGAAGAUGAGCUUUUUACCAAUCCAAUUCGCCAGAAAUGGGAAAACGCAAACAGUCUACCGGAUAUGGCCCUAGAUAAUUAUCAGAUUGGUAUGUACCAAGAACUAGUAUCGCAACUGUUCGAUUAG